GGGACAACUGGCGACUGAAAUGGGCGAAUGGGAUCUUUUGGGCCGCCUGCUGGACAAAGUGCAGAGCCACUCCACGGUGAUCGGCAAGGUCUGGCUCACCGUGCUGUUUGUCUUCCGCAUCCUGGUGUUAGGAACCGGUGCUGAAAAGGUGUGGGGGGAUGAGCAAUCCGACUUCGUCUGCAACACUCAGCAGCCCGGCUGUGAGAACGUCUGCUACGACCUCGCCUUCCCCAUCUCUCACGUUCGCUUCUGGGUCUUCCAGAUUAUUGCCGUGGCGACUCCCAAACUGCUUUACCUGGGCUACGUUCUUCAUGUGAUUCACGCUGAGAAGAAGAUGAAGGAGAGGAUGAAGAAGCAGGCCGAGUUGGACGACCCAGCCAGUCUGUUUCUCAGGAGGGCCUACAAAGUUCCCAAGUACACCAAGAGCACUGGCAAGAUCAGCAUCCGCGGCCGUCUCCUCCGCAGCUAUGUCCUCCAUCUCGUCGCCAAAAUCGCCCUGGAGGUUGUGUUCAUCGUGGGUCAGUACUUUCUCUACGGCUUCACCCUUCAGACUCGAUUUGUCUGCGCCAGCUUCCCGUGCCCUCACAAGGUGGACUGCUUCCUGUCGCGGCCUACGGAGAAGUCUGUCCUCAUCUGGUUCAUGCUGGUGGCGGCGUGCGUCUCCCUCGUACUCAACGUGCUGGAGCUGAUCUACCUGUGCGUGAAAGCGGUGAAGGAGUGCUUGGUGAGGAGGCAGGACUACACCGUGACCGCUGUGACGCCGCCGCUCUUGGAAAGGAAAGCUUUUAGAAGCCUAGACGACGAGGCCAUCCAGAACUGUGCCAACCUGGAGCUGGAGCUCCAAGGGCAGAAGUUAGGGGUGAACGGGGUCAACGAGGUCCCUAAGAAUGUGACGCCUGAGAACAACAACAUGACGGGGGAGAUCCAUAUCUGAAGCACGGAGGCGGUGAUAGGCUGUACGUGUCCAAAGCCCCUGAAUAUCAAGUAAAUGUGUGUUUUGGCUUUGGGGAGGAAAUGGGUGUGUGUGCGGAGUAAAUAAAGAUAGAGGGAGGGAAGUAACCAGCUUAGGUAAACAAGACUCAACCACAUGGAAAAUGUAGCUUUAAAUGACUUGUAGUAAGUUUGUGACUCAAUUAACAAAACAUUGCUUCAAGCAGUUGGUGUAAGAUUUUUCAUAUUUUUCUUUUUCACAUUUUGCUGAGUGUACUUUUUGGAUUGAUUUGAAGACAAAUUGUUACAAGUCAAUAAACCUGUCAAAUUCAAAUUCCGAGUCAGAUGGUUUCCUUUCCAGGUAUCCUAUUCUUACCAUAAUAUAGCUUCAUGUCAUGGGGUUUUUAAAAGUAAGAUUUCACCUAAGAGAUGUCAAGUUUCAUUGAUUUACCGAGCACUUAUUUCCUCCUACUCUAUUUUUUAAAUGUUUCGAUAUUGAGAACAAGCGUAUCCAUAAAACUGCAAACUUUUUCUUAAAACUCCUGCAAUGAACUUUGAGUUUAUCCUGACUUUG